AUACCAGUUUUUCCUACAAAUAAAGCGUGAUAUUCUCCAUGGAAGACUGCCGGUCAGUUUUGAGGAGGCAUCAGAGCUGUUUGCCUAUGCUGUACAGUCUGAGAUAGGUGAUUAUGAAUCACAGCAGUUACCACCAGGUUAUGUGUCAGAGUUCCAGUUUGUGCCAAACCAGACAGAUGAGCUGGAGGACCAUAUUGCUCAGUAUCAUAGAAGGCUUGGUGGGACAGUACCUGCUACAGCAGAGUUAAAGUUCCUGGACAAGGUGAAAUGGCUGGACAUGUAUGGUGUUGACCUUCAUCCUGUAUUGGGUGAAAGCAACACAGAAUAUUUCCUUGGUCUUACACCCACCGGUAUUGUAGUCUACAAGAAUAAAACCAAAGUUGGAAAUUAUUUUUGGCCAAGAAUUACCAAGAUUACAUUCAAAGGAAAAGUUUUCAUUAUUCGUGUGAAGGACAAGAUUAAUGAUGAACACACAUAUGCAUUUGAGCUAGCAACUAAGCCUGCAUGUAAACACUUGUGGAAAUGUUGUGUAGAGCAUCAUACCUUCUUCAGAAUGAAUCAGCUGGUUGCCUCCAACUCUAGAACUAGUAGACCAUAUAGAUCUACUUCCCAACACAGAAACAGUGGGAGACAAGACCGACAAAACAAUGCAGAAAAUAGUGGGCGUGAUCAGCCACGUGUUUUACGUGUACAAAGUAGACGACAGGCACGGAGAGCUGUGUCAGAUUCCAGACUUAAUCAAGCAGGUGAUACGGUGACUGGUUUACAAUAUAAUGAAGGUCAUGUUACUAUGGUUGUCACACCAGAACAUGUGAAAGGGUCACGCCACCGAAGCUUGCCUGAUUUAAAAGGGAGAGAAUCACCUACAAGCACAAGAUCAGCUCCCUGGGAAAAUAACAUGGAUGCAGGUCUGUACACUUCCGGCCGUGAAUCUCCGGUAUCAGUUACACAGAGUGAAAAUGUGAAUUACCUGCGGCGUCACAGAGAGAGUGAUAGUGAAAGUGGAUAUAGAAGAAAACCAUAUAGACAAGGGUAUGAUAGUGAUGGAGGUACCAGGAAUAAAGGGUAUCAAAUCAAGAUGAGUGCUUAUGACCGUUACUCGGUCACGAGACGGUCUGGAUAUGAUAGUGACUCACGCAGCAGUGCACAUGGAAGUAUCAGGCGUAGACAGUAUUUCCCUAGCAGCAGGAAGGGAUCUGACAAUGAAAGUGAUGUGUCUUUCACAAGGAGAAGGAGGAGAGAGAUUGAUUCUGGUAGUGAGUCAGAUAUCUCCCCCAAUUUUAAAGCCAGACAGAGAAAAGCAAAGAGUGUAGGAACUGAUCAAUUUGAAACAGAAUGGCAAUCAGCCAUGCAAAAUAUAUAUCUCCCUGGCAAAGAAAAUAGACCAAAUGGGUCAAUACCGUCCAUACAUUCGGCACCGCUAGGUGAGUCACGUCAGAAGAAGAUGCGACGUAGGCGCAGCAAGUCGCCAGGAAACAGUAAAAGACCGCCUGAAGAACUACGUCAACAUAUAGAAUUUGACCUUGUAGAGCCAGCAGAUGAAAUGACAGAGGAACAAUUAAGAGAAAUACCAUAUGUUAAUGUAGAGACAAAGGCUGAGGCAUUUAAAGUGAAAUAUUCUCCAAACAAUAGGAGAAGAUAUAGAUCUCCUAAAAGAAAAUCUAUUCCUGACUUGGAGCAGGGUGGUAAAACAGGGUAUACCUCAGAAGAGCCACCAGUCUACAGACAACUCUACCUGGAGAGAACCCCUGAACCAGUUCACAGACAAACCAAUAAAUCAGGGGGUUACUACAGUGAUUCUGGCAGCUUAGCAAGGCGUGGUCAGAAUCACCAGUCCUACCCCCAGCAAUAUAACAAUACCAUAUCAUCUCAUCCAAAGCAUUUCACAGCUGAUAUCAGAAGUAUUCCACAAUUUCAUGAAAACCAUUUAUUUUAUGAACCCAAAAAUUCCCCACGCUAUCAGACUUUUACCAGUCCUAUUCAUGGGUAUCACCCCCCACCCACUGCAGUGUUCAAGCCAAUAGAUGCCAUAGAUGCUAGAAACACUAUGACUGAUAACAGAAAUAUGAACAGUUCACAAAGCACUUCAGAUACUAAACUACAUGACCUACAAGGUCAAAGUGAAUUGGUCCCUGAAGGUGAACAAGGUGAAGGUCAUGACCUCACUGAAGAUAGGGGCGGAGACCAGGGGUUAAACAGUUCCCACAGUAGUGGUGGCACUAUGGUGAAUACACCUCCCCGUGCUGGACACCAACAUAGAUUUGGUACCCAAGAUGCAAUAGCCAGACUGUACAGUAGUCCUUCUGGAACAAGAAGACAAAACCAUGCUGGGAAUCAGUCUGGGAAUAAUGAGUUAACCAAUCAAAAUAUGCAAUACAAUAGGAAUUAUGGACAGACCAAUCAAAGCAAGGGUUGGAACCAUCAAAACCCUCCCACCAGGUCCCACCAUGGUCAACCACAAACAGUUCAAAGUUAUGAUAAUAAUUCUAAUGUUGUGAAAACAGUGACCUCAAAUAAUACCAUGAACUCUUCCAAUCAGUCAGACUCAGGUUAUCAGAGAGCCCAACAAAGGAUGUAUUCUGGGUUAGAAAAUAAAGGAACUAUACCACAGAACCAUCAAAAUGGUAUGGUUAAUCAUUCAAUGUCUCAGAAUGCCCCGAUUCCUGCCAACAGAAUGUUUUAUACUCAACAGGACAACCAUCCAGAAUCUAGAACUUCACAUACUUCCUCCUAUACUAGUGAUAAUAGUUACGCUGUGAAAUCACACCCAUACAGUACCUCUAAACAGGUUGUGAAUGACUCAGAUCCAAAUGCAUAUUCUCAGAAUUCAUUCUAUAACCAGUCUCAUUCACAGACUCAAAAUUAUGGUACACAGUCUGCUGCUGAAAGUAGACUGGGCAUACAACCUUCAUGGCAAUAUGUAGCAAAUGGCAGAGUGCCCGGAUCAAAUAGAACACCAAAUACAGAGCAUAGACAAAGGACUGGACAACGAACAGGAAGUGCAUCACCAAAUACACGGUCGCCGGCUACAACUCCUGUGAAGAGCAAUAAUAGACAAAUAAAUGUGUCACCUCACAAGGGAACCAGACCUUUGUCAAGCAAUAGUUCAAAUGUAAUAAACACAAGUUCUGUAACUCCGCCCAGUUACAGGUCUCCGGAUAGUGCUAUCAGUUCUAUAACAAGCUUAUCUCUGAGUAAUGUAAAUAAAUCUCCAAAUAAACACUCGGCAAACAAUAGUAUGUCCGAACACGUAAGUCGAGUACGAACUCCAGCCUUUGGUCGUUCUGAUAUCUGGACCGAAUUGUGAUAAAAAGUGUAUUAAUUAACAAUUUGUAAAUGUUGUCUAAAUAUAUUUAUAUUUUGUUCAAUGUGAUGGAAAACAAUGAUAUAUUGCUUAUACAAAAAAUGGA